CUGUUGAUUAAUUGAUGAAUUUUUGUUUAACCAGUUCUGCAGUAAAGUUUGAUUAGGUCUUUCUAUGUUCUGAUUUUCUAAAUUUAAUUUUACUUCGAAACUUUUUACACGGGGAGUGCUAAUUUGCAGUUGAUAAACAUGAGAUUUAAACUGUUUGGCUUGAAUUAGAGAUUUGGAUGCAUGUUUUCUGAAUGCCAGUUAUUAAUUCUAGCCUUAUGUCUACAGGUGGAAGGUAGAGUUUGUUUGUCCAAAGAGGCAAAAAGUGGAUCAGAAUCUCUGAAGCGAAGAAGGCUUCAGCCUAUGAGAUCAGAAAGCAUUCCUGAGCCUGUAAGCUUUACUAAUACGAUGGCUAGAAGUGGAGGGGAUGCUCUAAAAGCUCCCGCACCAUGUGGUGUUAGAAUACAUGGAGGUGCAAAUUCAGUUUUUCGGUCCAAUGGUGCUUCACAGGGGAAUGAUGUCUUUUCAAAGCGUAAGGUGGAUAAAUUUGAAACAAAUGAUCUAGGCUGGACGGAGAAAAUUCCCGAGUGUCCUGUAUACUAUCCAGCAAAGGAGGAGUUUGAGGAUCCUUUAGUUUAUUUACAGAAAAUAGCUCCAGAAGCUUCCAAAUAUGGUAUAUGCAAGAUUAUCUCCCCUGUCAGUGCUUCUACUCCUGCUGGGAUUGUAUUGAUGAGGGAAAAAGCAGGGUUUAAGUUCACAACUAGGGUACAACCUCUUCGCCUUGCUGAGUGGGACAAUGAUGACAAAGUCACUUUUUUCAUGAGCGGAAGAAACUAUACAUUCCGUGACUUCGAGAAAAUGGCGAACAAAGUUUUUGCUCGUAGAUAUUGUAGUUCUGGGUCUCUUCCUCCUACGUACUUGGAAAAGGAAUUCUGGAAAGAAAUUGGUUCUGGAAAGACAGAAAGUGUUGAAUAUGCAUGUGAUGUUGAUGGUAGUGCAUUUUCAUCUUCUCCCAAUGAUCCACUUGGAAGUAGCAAAUGGAAUUUAAAGAAUCUUUCAAGGCUACCCAAGUCCAUUCUGCGUCUUCUGGAAAAUGCAAUUCCUGGUGUGACAGAUCCUAUGCUAUACAUUGGAAUGAUAUUUAGCAUGUUUGCCUGGCAUGUGGAAGAUCACUAUUUGUACAGUAUCAAUUAUCAUCACUGUGGCGCAUCCAAAACGUGGUAUGGCAUCCCGGGUCAUGCUGCCCUACAAUUUGAAAAGGUUGUCAAGGAACAUGUCUACACUCAUGAUAUUGUACAAAGUGACGGAGCGGAUGGAGCUUUUGAUGUCUUAUUGGGAAAAACAACUCUGUUUCCUCCCAGUAUAUUGUUGGAACAUGAUGUACCUGUCUACAAGGCUGUCCAAAAGCCAGGAGAGUUUGUGGUUACAUUCCCUAGAGCUUAUCAUGCUGGAUUCAGUCAUGGUUUCAAUUGUGGUGAGGCAGUCAACUUUGCAAUUGGUGAUUGGUUCCCAUUGGGUGCUAUUGCUAGCCGGCGUUAUACACUUCUUGAUAGGAUGCCUCUGCUUCCUCAUGAAGAACUCUUGUGCAAAGAAGCCAUGCUUCUUCAUGCAAGUUUAGAGCUUGAAGAUUCAGAACGUUCUUCUGCUGACUUGGUCUCCCAUAAUCGCGUUAAGGUUUCUUUUGUGAAAUUGAUGCGGUUCCAGCAUCGUGCUCGCUGGAUUUUAAUGAAGUCUGGGGCAUGCAAUGGUGUCUUACCAAACACUUAUGGAACUGUUCUCUGCAGCAUAUGCAAGCGUGAUUGCUAUCUCGCCUAUAUUAGUUGCAACUGUUAUAUGCAUCAUGUGUGCCUUCGCCAUGAUGUAAGGUCAUUGGAUUUGUCAUGUCAGAGGAAUCCUACUCUCUUUUUAAGGGAGGAGAUUGCAGAAAUGGAAGCUGUAGCCAGUAAGUUUGAAGAGGAAGAGGAAGUGUUAGAGGAGAUUCAAGGUCAAGGUGAAAAUGGUGAUGACGUGUAUUCAUAUCCAUUAAAUUGGUCUCAGAUAGCUGAAGAAAAAGGAUACUCCCCUUACUGCAAUAUAGAAUUUGAGUUGAACCACGAACUCCCUGAUACAACAGAACUCACUGGCACAACUUUGGAUCAGUCACAAGAGCCAGCUGCACCUUGUUCUCAUGGUGGAAAAUAUUCCAGUCCUGCAGUGUCAGAAGGUUCCAUUUCAUAUAUUGCAUCUACACUUUGUUCUCUUUCUGAGCCUCUUGAGAGCUUGUGUGCAGCCAAUCAUGGAAAUGCCAACUCUAAGACAGUGACUCCAACUUCCAAAAGGUCUGCAUAUGAGUCUUCUCGGUCCUCCCCAUCGUAUGAUGAAUGCUCAAGUGUACAUCCAGGAAGUUCUAAUGCAUUGGAGCUUAGGCCUACAGAUCAAGGCAGUGAUGAUUCUGAUUCAGAGAUAUUUAGGGUUAAGCGCCGUUCUUCAUUGAAAAUGGAGAAAAGAACUAUAAGUGAUGCCUCACCAUCAAAUGUUUCUGAGAACAAGGGAUUUAAGCGACUGAAGAAACUGCAACCUGAUAUCAGAUGUGGGAGGUCAGUGCCAUUACAAAGCUCCAGCACUUCUAAUAACAAAGGGGCUCCGGAAAUUGCUUCAAGAGAUGACAGAUUUGCCAGAGGAAAUACCAUUUCUAGAGGAAGUACCGUUCCUUUGUCUAUCAAGUUUAAGAAGUUGACCAAUGAAGAUUCUGUUAGGAGACAGCGAGAUCACCAUAGAAGUGAUUUACGCCAGCUUGAGUUGGGAAAGAGCCGCAGGGAACCUCCGCCAAUAGAGAUUGGGCUAAAGCGCUUUAAGGUCAAAGGCCCUUCUUUCUUAGCUUCAGAGAACAGGUUUAAUUGAAGUUAGAUCACACUAGGAAGUGUCAACUAACUUGUUGGCCUAUAGAUCCUGACCUUUGCUAACCACUUCAAUUUCUCUAAUGGGGUUCUAACAACACGGGAAAAUGGGUAAAGGUAAAGAUUGAUUCUGGGAGCAGUGAAAAAAAUUAACUUAGGAUAAAAUUUACAUUCUUUGGUGCGUUGGCCUCAAAUUGGGGGCAAUUUGCACCGUUGGUGAUUAUUGAGGUUCUCGAGCCGGGGUUUUUUGUCCAUCUUUGGCAGGAGAACCGUCCUUCCUGCAAAGCUUCAGACUAAAAAGAGGAGUAGAAAUUGGGUUAGUGAAUUCCAUGUAAAUUUGGUUGUUAGUCAAUUCUUGCAAGUGAAAGUGGGUAUUCUCACUGAUCUUGCUUAAGGUGUUCGCUGCUUCCUUUAUAGGUUCUUUAUUCUUUGUGUAGCAAUGGGUCCUUCACGUUGACUACAUGAAUAAAAUGCAGAGAAAUUUCUUCA